CUCAAAAUUGAGGGAGGCUGUUGGUUUGCUUAAGGCCAUCGGGGUUCUCUUGUGGAGAUCAUGCAGGCUUCAGUUCAAGUGUAACGAUUGUUUAUGUGCAUCAGCAGAAUUAAAAUGGCAACAUACGUCAGAGAAUAAGAUGGAGUAUUUAGUGUCUAAGCUGGAAUCUCUACUGGGAAGGAUUUUGGAACACUAGCUCCUGUAAGAUCACCGGCAAAUUAAUCGUUUCCAUUUACAUCAGCAAUGACCGGGAAUUGCCUGGAAGUGGUGGAGCUAACAAGUAGUGGACGCCCAGUCCUCCUCUCGUCAGAGAUUGAAUGUUCGCUCCUCUCUGCUGUAGACCUGGAAUGUGAAGACCUCCUCAACUUCCCUAACCUCAAAUCAGGGAUCCUCACCCUCACGACCCACCGCCUCCUGUGGCUCCCCGAUUCCUCUUCCCAAGGAGCCCCUUCAGCCAUCCCACUUGCCUCCAUCACCCACAUAUUCUCUGCCAAAAAGUCCAUCAAGUCUAUGUUUGCCUCCCCCAGAGUCCGAUUCCAGCUUUCAGUAUCACCUGACGGACGUGUUUUAAGUUCAGGGUUGGGUGGUAGGUCUGUCGUUGUUACAUUGGUUGUGAGGGGGAAGGGUGCUGAUUUAGACGUGUUUUUGACCAAGUUUUGGGAUAACUGGCGGGGAAGAGCCUGGGAGACUGGGAAUGUGGAGGUCACUUCGGGUUCUGAGUCGGGUUCUGGGUCGACUUCAUCGGGGUUGUACACCAAGGAAGGAACGGUGAGGAUGGUCGGGGUGUCUGGAAUACUAAGGAAGGAGCAGGAGAUGUGGGAGACUACUGAUAAGAGCUUGCAGGAUGCUUUCCAGGACCUGAAUGCUCUCAUGAGUAAAGCUAAAGAGAUGGUGAUGCUAGCAGAGAAAAUGAGGCAGAAGCUUCUAUCCGGCUCGACUAAACCUACUGCAGCAGAGGACGAGGAAUUGGGUUCCAAACAAGAAAUGCAAGACUGGAUGCUGAGUGUUGGUAUUAUAUCGCCAGUCACUAAAGAGUCUGCUGGUGCUCUUUACCACCAACAAUUGUCACGUCAGUUGGCAGAUUUUGUCAGGCUUCCUCUUGAGAGAGCUGGAGGAAUGAUGAAUCUCAUCGAUAUUUAUUGUCUUUUCAAUCGAGCUCGAGGAACAGAAUUGAUUUCACCAGAGGAUUUGCUUCAAGCAUGUUUUCUGUGGGAGAAGUUUGAUGUCCCAGUAAUGCUUCGGAAGUUUGAUAGUGGGGUGAUGGUAAUACAGAAUAAGUCCCACAGUGAUGAAGAGAUAUUUGCUAGAAUCAAGACCCUUGCAACAAUGCCCGAUGCUCUUCGAACUGGGAUAAGUGCGAGUGAUGCUGCAAUCACACUAGGUAUUGCGCCAGGCAUGGCCAAGGAGCAUCUUUUAACUGCUGAAAGCAAAGGUCUUCUAUGCAGGGAUAUUAGCCCAGAUGGUUUUCGCUUUUAUGUCAACCUGUUUCCAGAAAUCGAUCCAAACAAUGUUUACUUAGUAAAAGAUUAUGGAGUCUAUGACACAUGGAUAAGGGUGGCAUCUGCUUUCGGAUGAGAGACAAUUUGUGCACUAUCUCCCUGUUUACUUCCUCAUUUUAACCACAUCCAAGGUUAGACAAAUUGAUGAACACGGAGGAGUUUAUGAUAUUCCAAUGUACAUCUUCGUGGUAAACUUGAACUUGCAGAAAUAUGCAUCAAACCUCUUGCUCGCACCGCACCCAUUGUUGGGUGAUAUUUUGGGAGCUAAUGAUACUUCUCUUGUAUUUGCUUUUGACUUGUACUUUUGAGUAGAAAUGAGGGCAAGUGUCUUAACCAAGCCCUCACCACUCUUAUGCUCGAAUAAUAGUGCAAAUAUUUAUAAAAGCAAUUGGCUCCGGAAGGGCGGUUUCUA